AUGUUUGUUUGCUCCUUUUUUUCGCAGAGAGCCUGUGGAAGGUGUGAUGCGAUAUCUACGGCUGCCCACUUCGUAAUCGUUUUUGAGUCUCUCCAGGUUCCGGUUUUUCAGCGCGUAGUUCUGGAGGCGCUCGAAGUGGACCGCCGCAGUGUCUACAACAGGCGCCGCGAGCAGCUUCACCUGGUCCUCAGCAUUUUUAGGAGGCUUCCUGGUGUAGGCGAUGUAACAGAAAAGACAUUGGGAAGGCUUUUAAUGAAUGCGGUUAACGACCCUGAGACGACAAGCAAGCUAUUAAGGAUAGCGGAGACUGUGCCCUUCCGGGCUCCUGCUGGUGAGGGCCUCGACAGCCCUUCGGAAGAGAGACCAGGUACCAGCUGCCAGACCAACUGCCACCUCAGCAGCCAGGCAGUUUCUAGGAGCAGCGCAGAAGACCCCAGCUCGAGAAGCAGCGGCACCCAGAGCGGUCCCAGUCCUACAAGACAUCCUUCCCCUGCUGUUCCACCACGGUCUCCAGCAGCCCAAGGGGAGCCUCUGAAGCCAAAGGACUUCUGCGAUGCAGAAAGCAUCAGCAGCACUGCUGCUGCUGCUGCUCUUCGGGAACUAGAAGAGGGGGACCCUGUAUUGUCUGAGACGCCGAUGGCCCGUGUGGUGUCUUUACAAUACGAGAGGACGCAGCAACGAUGGGUGUGCAAGUGGAGGGAGGGCUUGGGGACCGGCGGUCGGUGGCACCGUCGUUGUUUUUCUGUUGUCAAGUAUGGAGAGGACGGGGCUCACACAUUGGCUGCUGCCGUAGCCAAGAAACUCAGGGAUAGACGAAACCAGGAAGUUAACGGAUUGAAAAAUGGGACUACGCUUAAUUCAGACGUUUCACCACCUGCAGCAGACGCUAUGUGCGGUGGGGCAUCGAAGAGGGGCCCUAAAGGAGCCAUGCCGAGUGAUGCACCCCCUCACAACCCACGGCUUGGUGGCAGUGCUUGCAGGGCUCGCAACAGGCGUACUGCGACAACAGCACGUGCAACUUCAGCUAGUGCAGGUGCUCCAAAUCCCCAUGUCUCCGACUCUUCGUAUUCCUUUCCUCAUAUUGGCGAAAAUAAACGGGACGCCGCCCUUGCAAAUAUUCCAGCCGACCCAAAUCUUUCCACAGUGGUGGCAUCAGCUGCUUACAGCGACGAAAUGGAACGCCUUGCUCAGUUGUUACGGAAGGCGAGAAGCAAUCCUUUGCUUGCGAAGUGGCUGGAUGAGAGGGCACCCCCUCCGGGAGCGGCUGCCCUGCGGGCAGCAGCGGAAUCAAUCGUUCCUUACCUUGCACUUCAGGCGGAAGCGGACAAAGCGCCAGCGGGAACUUCGGUCGCCUUUCGCCAGCAGCCGCAGGCCCUUCACAGAAGGGGGAGAGUUACAGGGGCGAGGGAGGGCAUGUGA